CCCUCUGCAGCUCCAGAAGCAGCACGCUCGCAGAUGCGGACACUGACCGGGGUUGCAACAACUGCGCAUGCUCGAGGCAACUUCAUAUGAAUUCCGCUUCACGUCUCAAGACAUCUCCCACACAGUGACAGCCAUGGGCAGCUAAUAAAAAUUGACCAGUUUUCUGCUGUGUCGCGGACAGAAGGUUAGUAAUAUCCCGGAGAGUCCCUUUUCUCUUCCCGCUCAGACAGACCAGCAAGUUUCCAGCAACCAUGGCGGAGGAAGACUAUGGCAGCUUCGUGGACUGGAACCAGAUGGGGGAUCUGGCCAAGAGCAGUGGGCCCACCAAAGUAGACUGCAAAGACCUGAAAGAGUUCAAACAGAUGGCACGGCAGGGCUACUGGGCCAAAAACCACAAACUACGGGCACAGGUCUACCAGCAGCUCAUCAAAGCCAUUCCAUGCCGUACAGUCACCCCAGACGCAGAGGUGUACCGUGACAUUAUGGGAAACGCAGCCACUAAGAAGCCCUCCUCCAACAUCCCACUCCCAGAUUUUGUGGAUGAUAACCCGGUGCCGCGGUACUGUCUGAAGGCGGAUGGAUUAGCUUCAGCACACCGGAUCAUAAACUGCCUGGCUGGUCAGUUUCCAGACAUCUCCCACUGCCCCUCACUGCCUGCUGUUACAUCAUUGCUCCUGCACUUCAGCAAAGAUGAAGCUCAGUGUUUCGAGCACAUCAGCCGGAUGCUGGCCUGCAACGAGCCAGGCAAACGCUUGCUGGACCAGACUUUCCUGGCAUAUGAGUCUGGCUGCAUGACUUUUGGAGACUUGGCCAUCAAGUAUAGCGCAGCCUCUCACAAACUCAUCGUCGCCACUUCCCAGGAUGUGAUGGAGGUCUACUCCGACUGGCAGCGCUGGGUGCUGGGUGACCUGCCUUUCAGCCAUGUUGUCCGGGUCUUAGAUGUGUACCUCGUGGAGGGCUACAAGAUUCUCUUCCGCGUUGCUAUCGCCUUGCUCAAGUUCUAUCGUAAAAGUAAAGCGGGGGGCCAGGGAGGUCAAGCUAACCAGCAGCAGCAGGAAUCAAGCAAAGUAAGAGCAGACAUUCAAGCGUUUGUGAAAGGCAUUGCCUCCACCGUCACACCUGACAAGCUGCUUGAGAAGGCCUUCUCCAUCCGUCUGUUCAGCCGUAAGGAGAUCACUCUGCUGCAGCUCACUAAUGAGAAGUCCCUGCAGCAGAAAGGAAUUACGGUCAAACAGAAGAGCUCUAGGAGGAACGUCCAGCUGGCUCUUAACCCCGACACCUUUUCCUCAGAGAUAGUCAGUGCCAAGGAGAUGCGGGACAUCUGGUCUUGGAUCCCUGAGCGCUUCGCCCUGUGCCAACCACAACUCCUCUUCACAACAUCCACCCAUGGGUGCAGCCUGAACAGAUUCUACUCGCAUUGUGAAGGCUAUGAGCCAACUCUGCUCCUCAUCAGGACAACCGAUGGAGAUGUAUGUGGAGCCUUCCUGUCCACAGAUUGGGAGGAACGAAAGAGAGGAGGAAACAAACUGAGCUUCUUUGGCACAGGGGAGUGUUUUGUCUUCAGGCUAAAGCCAGAGAUGGAACGUUAUGAGUGGGUGGUGAUCCGUCACCCUGAGUUAGCCUCCGCCAUAAAGACUCAGGACCCAGAAGACGGGGCCGCCUCUGAAGUCCAAACCUCCGACAACAACGGCCUGGCACAGCCAGAGAAACCUGUUGGAGACUUGUCGCCUUUCCUCUCCGCCCGCCACUUCAACCUCAACUCCAAGAACACUUCAAUGUUCAUGGCAGGCAACUUUGACUCCAUUAUUAUCGGUGGAGGAGAAGGCAACGCCCUCUACAUCGACGCCGAGCUCAACCACGGGCGCGCUGGCCGAUGCACCACCUUCGACAACCCACCGCUGUGUGCUGAGAACUUCCAGGUUUCACUGUUAGAAUCGUGGGGCUUUGAGGAUGCCAUGUCUAAAUAACACUGUUCCCAUAAACACACACUACAUAGACACUGCAUACAUGAUGACCCAUGCAGACACUUAUUUAAAGAGAUAAACAUGAUAGAAAAUGUCCAGAUAAGUGUUACAGUAAAAAGAGAAAUGCAAACAAAACAGCAUCCGUCCUAAAGAAUCCCUUAUAUAAUCACCUUUUUUAUUUAUUAAAGCACUUAAUUACAACAUGUGAAUAAAAAUGUGAUUAUUUCUGUUUAUUUUUGUAUUUACAGAUUUGUUAUUAUGGUGUACUAAUGAUGUGAAGUGUCUAGUAAUUUGAAGGUGAAGCAUUCAGGAUUAAAGAAAAAGCCGAUUUAGAGGGUUUUCACUUCGGCUGUGAUGUGUUCGUGUUCAUGCUGGACUGAGAAGCUCAAAUAUCUGAAUGUAAAUUCAGUCUUUAAUGUUCUUUGAUUCAGAUAAAUCUGCCAAAUAUACCGUACAGGUAGCCCUGCAGUCUGUUAAAGCAUUGUUAUGAAGCUGGCUAUGUUGUUGAGUGGGUUCAGAGGUUUAAAGGUGAGAUGGGUUUUAAAUGUUUGGUAUACAUUUAAGACAUGGUGAAGUCAAAACCAGCUCAGAUUAACUCUUUUCCCAGUUUCACACCCAUUUUUCUUUGGCUGUUCAUAUGUGGAGGAUCUGCUUAAUUAAUAACUGUGGUAGGUUGUGUGAGUACCAGUGGUGAAGUUGAGUGUUGCCAUUUUGCACUACAUGUUAAAGCUUUCUUUUGAACCUGUGGCAGUCUACUUUCUAUGGAUUCAUGUGAAUAGUGCAAACUUUGAAAACAAAAACUUGAGAUGUUUUUGAUUUACAACUAAAGGAUACAAGUGCAGUCUGUUCCUACUCUUCUUUUUCUUAUUAUUUCCCUGUUACUUCCGUCCACCCAGUGUGAAGAUAGCAACAAAAGAAGUCCAAACUUGUGCCCUGAUUGCAAAGUGUUGUUGGGGGUUUUUCUCCCUGUUUGUAUGUACUGUGUAUGUUCAAAUGUGCUCCAGUGAAAUAUCUGUUGAGUAACAAAAAAUGUACUUAACAUGUGAAAAUACAGAAGCAUACUUUCAUCA